CGCUCAUUCCUCGCGGGACUCUGGGACGGAGUGAACGCGCUCCGCGUAUAUCCGAUCGUGGCGUACAGGGUCGAUCACGAGGCCUUCCGCACGCCUCGCUCGUGGAUUAUCCUGGAUUUGUUUUGUUGCGACUUGACGAAGAGGCGCACCGCCGACUCCUGUGUGCUUUUGGAAAUGUAAACGACAUUGUGACGAGUAUCGAUGAUUACGUAAACACGACCGAAAAUACUGAAUGGAUACAGUGGUGACUUUUCCCCCUCGGAUUGUCAUCGGAUGAGUGGCACUGUGGAUAUCAAUAGUGAUCCGAUACAGAGGCCUUAGUGCCAAGCUCUGGCCCUGACACUGUUAGUUACAGUUCAGUACAUUUGCGUGUAUUCGCUGUGACUAUUCACGGAAAAGGCAGCUGUCAGUGAAGUCGGGCGACACGGUAGUGCGUGAACAGUAAAAAUAGUUUCAUUCUUAAAGUAUCACGAACAAGUACGUGAGCCGAAGCCCCAGCCCGGGCGUUGAAGACGACGUCAUUCGUGUAAGGAAAGGACGAAGCCCCGCAGGUGACGAGGGCGUCGGGGACUGAAGCAGGUGGUGGUGGUCGCCAGGGCGUGAGACACCGCCUGCCACAGUGCCGGGCAAGCUGACGACGAGCGAGGAGCUUUUGCAACGUCGACAGUGCACCUGAUCUUGCAGGUCUCGUGCCCGACACACCGACGACAUCACCUGGGCCGCGCGAGCGGUCGUCAGUCUGAAACGAGUGAAUCCUUAUCGAAUAUUUGUUUUGUUUUGCGAUCGCUGUGAAAUUGUUACGUUCUGUUUAUCGACUUCCUUAUAAAAACGUGAAACUUGAUUGUCAUAAAAGAUUGCAUAUUGUGAUUGGAAAUACGAAGUGAUUAACUCAAGGCCGCAUGAAAUAGUGAAGUGCUAAUUACUGGUGUGUCUUCUGUUUGGCAUCUGGAUUACUUUACUCUCUUAACGCCAGCUAUCACAGGGUCACGACAAAAGGUGGAACGGCUAUCGGAGUACGAACAGUACUUUGCCUCGCUGUUAGUAGACACCCACCCUGACCACCCAGACCGCCACCACCUCGCCUCACACCAUGACAGACUUACACAGCUUGUAAGGCGAGGCGAGGAGGAGGAGAGCGAACUCGAAAGGAUACAAGACCUCUUCCCCCAUGACGACCUCCGCCUGCACGAGCGAGACCCAGUCACUCAGAAGAUGAAAGGGCUGAUGAGGAAGCGCUCGACGACGGCGGCGCGGCUGCAGCGAGCCUUCAGCGCCAAGGGCCUGCGCGGUCCCAACGGCGAGCAGCAGCACAACAACAACAGAGACAAUGCCAAUAACAACAACAGCAACAAUGGCAGCACAAGCGGCGGCCUCCCUCCGAAUAGGACGCGGGAGGGGCGCCCCAAGAGGCAGUUCAUCAUGGAAACACCUGUCACGUUCACCACGGGAGUGCAGUCCCAGGAGCGGCACCUGUUCCUCUUCAGCGAUCUCCUGCUGGUGGCGAAGGCGAGGAGCGGCGGCAACUUCAAGCUGAAGGAAAAGGUGCGGGUGUCGGAGAUGUGGCUGUCCUCGUGCCUGGAUGACGUCGCCGAGACCGCCAAGAGCCACGACACCUCCUUCGUCAUGGGCUGGCCCACCACCAACGUCGUCGCCUCCUUCAGCUGUGUCGCCACCAAGGAUCUGUGGUACAACAAGCUGCAGCAGGUGAUGACGGAGGAGAGGGACAAGGACCCGCCCUCCACCACCAUCCAGGUCACCUAUUACGACCCCAUCAACAACAUAGACUUCAGCAAGACCGUGAGCAUCAGCUCGACGACGACGGCGCGGGAGUGCGUGUCCCUCACCCUCGACCACCUGGAGAUGGGCGGGGCGGACUCGUCGCAGUUCCAGCUGUGGGUCAAGACGGGUAUGGACGACUCACCGUACCCUCUCAUCGGCCACGAAUACCCAUAUGCCAUCAAACUCAACUGCGUGCGAGACUUGCUGCAAGACUGCGACGCCGAACAGUGCAACAACCUGUACAAUGCGGAGUUGGUCACCCGCUGCCAGUUCAUUCUGCGGCAGGCGCGGAAGCUGUCGUUCGAGUCGCCCGAAGGGGUGAAGAAGGUGUCAAAGAAGGCCCGCAAGUCACCCAUCAGGAUCCACCGGGUGUUCAAGCGAUCCAACAGCAAGGGAGACUCCCUGGACGGAAGCCUCAACUCGUGCACGGGAGUCCUGUACGGCCAGUCUCUCGUCAAGCUGGUCGACUCGGAUAAUAUCCUGCCCAAACCCGUCAUGGACAUGCUGUCGCAGUUGUUCUUGAAGGGCCCUUUUACCGUGGGAAUCUUCAGAAAAUCUGCUAACGCUCGACUGGUGCGGGAGUUGCGAGAGAAACUGGACUCCGGCGAGGCGGAUUCAGCCAUCGAGCUGGACACUGUACAUAUUACAGCAGUAGCAGCACUUCUAAAAGACUUCCUACGUUCUAUGCCAGACUGCUUGCUGGUGGCAGAUCUCUAUGAAGAGUGGUUAGAAUUAGCACACAUCGGUAAUCUACGGGAGCGCAUUUCCCGAACUCUCCUGCUGUGUUCCCGGCUGCCCCGAGCACACUUGACUUUACUGCAGUAUUUCUUGUGUGUUCUACACCACAUCGCUCGUCGCGCCUCAGAAAACAUGAUGUCUGCGUCCAACCUGGCGGUGUGCGUCGGCCCCUCCAUCCUGUGGCCUUCCUCGCCCGUCCUGGCACUCAGUCCCGAGGCCUCAAAACAAGUACCUGCUGUUGUGGAGUUUCUCAUUGAGCGCUGCGGGGAUAUCUUCGGCGAAGACAAACUGCACCUCUUGGGUGAGCCGCCUGAGAGAGACCCCAUGCGGCAGGACAGCGGCGCAGAGGAGUCUGACAGCCUGCACAGCCUGCACAGCGGUCACAGCCUUCACAGUUCCGGCGGCAUGAGGAGAGACGACAGCAGCAUUGACUCCCUGGAACGUGAACUGCUGGUGGAAGGAGAAUUGUCCCCGCUGCCCAGGAAGGAUAAGAUGUCGCUAACCAACCUGAGUCGCGACUCUGGCCUCACCAUGAGUGACUCGCAGCUGUACACCCCCGACGAGGAGGAGAGCGAGUCAACGAGCUCCGGCCACUCUGGAGCUGACAAGAGCGUCAGCAACUACAGCAGUGGUGGACAUUCCGAACGCUCCGGGGAUCGCUUCCAGCAUUACGCGGCGCCCAACAACCCCCACGCAAUAUACGCGGCCGUGUACCGUCGCCCCGAGAAGAUCCCCAUGGGCUAUGACGACCCCGAGAGCUACUAUGCAGCGCCCAGUAGAGACCACGCUCGAGUCCACAUCACCUACUCCACGCCCGGCUACUCCCAUGGCCACCAUAGCCCGCACGGACACCCUGGCCAAGGAAAGGAGUAUACUAGAGUAUACCAGAGUCGCCAGGACCGCAUGGGGGAUGUCUAUAGAAAAGGACAAGAGGAAGAGGCCAUUUACAGCAUUCCUCCAGGUACUGCUGGUAACAUGGUCAAUCCUCCUCCAUUUGUUGUGAAUUCCAACUUCCAGCGGCAUGACUGGAUGCGACGCCGCUCAAACCUGCGCAAAGUAUCCCGUUCCAGCAGUGGAGACGGAGGCCUUGUACGUUCAACUUCAGAAGAAUCGCUUCUGAACAAAUACAAUGGACUAGACUACGGCGUGUCUUUAGGUCCAGCCGGUGUUGCUGGCAAGAGGCCUGCACAGCACGGAAAGGGCCGCGCUCCUCCACCUCCACCCGGCGAGGAGCUCGACGACUGUCCAGGUCUAGAGGGCCGUGAGUCCCCGAUACGUAGAUCGAAGUCUGCGCACUAUUUGACUGAACCUCAGCACGAACGUGUGGGGCGAUCGCCAGACAAUACUCCGGCUGUGUCCCGUUCCUCCUCGCACGACGCAGUGGCCUGGCAUCGCUCACGCUCCACGCCGCAGAUUCACGACGAAGCCGACCGUUCGUACGACUCUUCAACCCUGAGUGACGACGACUCCACGCCGCACGUGUCACGAUCCAACUCAAGAGGGAAAGAGUACGGAGGCGGCAGUCUUAAUACCUGGGAAGCGGUGUACGGCACGGAACACACGCCCUCGGACUCCGGUGAUUCACACAACUCCCGCAACUCCUCCUUCAAGAGUGAGCGGACCGGAAGUAUGUGCACGGUCGUGUCUGCUGGCAGCACCUCCACCCUCGCCUCCAACCCUCCGUCGUACGAAGAGGCCCUCACCAGGCGUUCCCUCAUGUACAGGGGAGCUCCGCAGCAGGGGAACCAGUCUCAGGGAUCCCCCGCCAGAGAUGGAUAUUUCCAAGAACAUGCCAUACGCGAAGAAAAAAUCAAAUCGGCUCGGGCGAAGCAGUUGUACGAAGAGUCGUUACGCAUAUAUCAGGAGGAGAAUACCUACCCGGGAGACCUCGUGCGUGCCUCUCCAGCGCAGGCUGACGACAGCGAAGAGUACGACCGGCCGCCACCGCUCCCGCCCAAGUCAGAGCCACCUCCUUUGCCGCCUAAGCAGCGCUCCAAUAACCGGAGGGUGAGUGACGGGCUUGGGCGGCUCAAGCACCUCCCGCCCGUACACGUCGAGACGCACGCCCGCAAGGCUCGCUCCGUCACCUCUCUCCCCACCUCACAUGAGUGCGACCCGCCUUACCACAAGACCAUCAUUUACACAGACGACUCGCCGCCUCUACUUCCACCGAAGGAGCGGACGGUAAUCGAAAUCGACUCUGUGUACUCCCACGGUGAGCCUCGCGUCAAACAGACGACCAGCCGAGCGGUGUCGCCUCCAAGAGUGGAGAAGAAGAGCAUAGAGACUCAGACGGAUGAUUACGAUCUGGAGGAUGAAGUGCGGGACGAGGGUAUCCAGACGUCUGGCACGUGGGGCAUGGAGCCUCACGUAACUUCUGUGGCUGUUCCCGACACGAAACGGCGGGGGCGAGCGCGCCGAAGAGACUCCUCGGCCUCGCACCGCAGCAAAAGCGUCCCCACGCGUGACUCUAGCAAUGUCCAGCACGCAGAGUCCGACCAGGAGGAAGACGAGGAAGACUGGGAGUACCACGCUCCCUCUUUGCAGGACUUCCCGGGAGGCCAUGCGGCCCUCAGCGACUUCCGCCAACUCGACCCCGAUCUCCGUCAGGAAAUAAGUUGGUCGGUGUCACAGCUGCGCGCAAUAUUCGGCGAGACGCUAAAGGGCGCCAAGGUUCACCCUCCGCCCUACCGGCCGCCCCCCUCUGCCCACCGGGCGCCCAUCACCUCCUAUCACCUCGGCGUGGGUGAUUCCUUUUCCUCGAGAAAGUCACGCCCCCAGGCCAACUACGGCGAGGAGUCUUACGUGUAAUCAAGGAGCGCCACUUCGUUCCAUUCCGCCCACCGCGCUUAGAAACUUACCGGCCGAGUGCUGCCGCUAUACGCCACCACUAACAUAGCCGACUCUCUGUUAGAUUAUUUCUCUAACGUACUAAAUGCUCAAGAUCAUAAGCUUUUGUAUGUAUGUAUAUGUAUUAUAAUUUGUACAUUUUGUACAGAGUUACACUCUAAGUCAUACAAGUAAGGACCUCAGAUUAACUGUUAAACACAUUGGGUUAAGAGUGAUGUUGAAGGAAAUGUGUUCCCCCUCACACGCACUCUUUAGCCUCAUACACAUCCACCAAACUUUUGUAAACUACUAUACUAACUAUACUAUUAUUGUUUACAUUUGUUAAUAAAAUUGGAGAUUUAU